UUUGAUUUUUAUGCAGAGCGGUUUGCGAAUUCGCACUGACAAAAAAGGAAAGAACAUCCAACGACGCCGUAUUGUCAAGGUAGCGAGGUUUAAUGGCCGCACCACCGGCAAGGGCGCGAGCAGAUUACGACUGUCUUAUCAAGCUUCUCCUCAUCGGCGACAGCGGUGUAGGUAAGAGUUGUCUUCUUUUGCGAUUUUCUGAUGGUUCCUUCACAACUAGUUUCAUUACCACCAUUGGAAUUGAUUUUAAGAUAAGAACUGUUGAACUUGAUGGCAAACGAAUCAAGCUCCAAAUUUGGGAUACAGCUGGUCAAGAACGAUUCAGAACAAUCACUACAGCUUACUACCGUGGAGCAAUGGGCAUAUUGCUUGUCUAUGAUGUCACUGAUGAGGCGUCCUUUAACAACAUUAGGAACUGGAUCAGAAACAUUGAACAGCAUGCUUCUGACAAUGUCAACAAGGUAUUGGUAGGAAACAAAGCAGACAUGGAUGAAAGCAAGAGGGCUGUUCCUACCUCCAAGGGUCAAGCCCUGGCAGAUGAGUAUGGGAUAAAAUUCUUUGAAACUAGCGCUAAAACCAAUCAUAAUGUGGAAGAAGUUUUCUUCUCUAUAGCGAGGGACAUAAAGCAAAGGCUUUCAGAGACGGAGAACAAAUCAGAGCAACCGUCUACAAUCAAGAUGAAUCAUGCGGAUGGAGCUGGUGGAGGUGGGCAAGCUGCACCCAAGUCAGCUUGCUGUGGUUGAAUGCAUGCAAGGUACAAAGGCUGAGGGCAGUUAAGUAGGUGCUACAUCAUGGACCUGUUGUGGUGAAAUGCAUCAGUCAUCCUCAGCGAUUUUUCUGUUUCGGUUAUUCAUUGUUAUUAGGGUUGUUUCAUUGGAAGAGGUUAAAUUGAGUUUUGCUCCUAGAUUU